UUCUUCUGGGUAUAAUGUGUUGAUUUGUUUGGUCAUUGCUGCAGUUAUGGACCAGAGGGCUUUGUGGUUUGCUCUGUUUCUGCCUCUGUCUUUGAGUUUUGACACUGAAGAGACGAUCAUGAGAACCAUUGGGGAACAAAAAGAUGUCACUCCACUUUGCUCCAACUCUAGAGUGGAUUACAUUUCAAUAGUGUGCACGAUAAAGACAAAAGGGAGCAGGGCAGAAGGCUGUCGUCUGCAGUAUCAACAUAGACGGGGCUUUGAGAACAAGUGCGACUCCAGGUUCAGGCUGGUAAAAGAAAACCGGGUCGUGUUUCUCCAGAUGAUCAAUUUAACAGCAGAGGAUAGUGGGAAGUCCACCUGUGAGUGUUCACGUAGCGAUGGGACAGAUAUUAUCCAUCUCCUUAUCUCGGGGGAAGAGGCUCACACUUCUCCAGUGAGGCAGCUGAUGUCUUCCACUGUGAUUUGUAUAUGUACUGGAAUUGUCAUUGUAGCCGGAGUUGUCCUCGGAUUUAUCCUGAGACAAAAUCAUUGCAGAUACCCUAAAAGGAAAGAGCCACAUGGAUCAAUAGAUAAAGUCGAUGAUGAUGCUACAUACACAAGCCUUCACUGGGCGUCAGAUGAGUUCUACCAGACUGUGCAAUAUCAGCCCGGUGCUGACAACAGCAGGGAGGCGACAGAUACAGAUACAGCCAUCACUACGGUGACCGCCCAGCUGAAACAGGAAAUAGACAAAAGAAAGAGAGAUCAAAGUUUUGACAUAUAUCAGAAUAUAUCUUUUUAAGAAACAACGAUUUCUUUUUUGUUUUUCUUCUUUUUGUUAUAGAUGUUUUCAUAUCUUCAGCUAGUUUUUUGUUCAAGGAAACAUGGAAGAAAAUCAUAGUGCAAGCUUUAUAUCAUUAAAUCAUAUUAUUUUUAUUGUGCCUCUAGGUCCUCCCAGCAAUAAGUUAUGGGAUCUACUUUUAGACUUUUAUAUACAUUCAAAUUAAAAGCAACUGUUUUUAACUUUUUGCACUGCUGCGUGUGAGUUGUGUUGUUGUGACCAGUGUCAGAUGUUACUCCCACACACAUGCACGUGUUUACAAAAAAACAAAAUCACCAAACGUCGACCACAAACUAAAUUGACCACAAACGUCUUAUGUGAAACUUAAAUAAGAACCGACAUGAAACAUUUUUGCAUUCAUGCACCUGAAAGUGAGAACUGAGAAGUUGAAGUUUACCCAUCAGCCUUUGUGAAAAAGAGAGUUUCACAGGACUCCUCUGCACUCCUACGCACCAUCGUCAAAUAGCUUGUAGAAACACUUCUAGCUGAAAUAAUUUUUCCGUAUCGGUUGU